UCAAACUCCUCGCUUCGCCUGCCAAAUCACUCCGAGUUCGACCAGUCUGACUACGUCAAUAAAUUCUCACCAUCUCAAAUUGACGCAUAGUCAGACUGGUUACGAGUCUAAGGAGACCACCGAUGCCUAGCCCUAGUGCGCCUGAUCCACCGCUACCGCUCGAGGUGCCUCCCCCGCCUCCUGAUGAACCUGGGCCUCCUUUUCCAUCAUGGCGCACACUCCGCAACACGAACCGCUUUCGCAAGCCACGUCCCGACCAGCCACCGCCCCCUGAACUUGGUCCUGCACCUAUGGGGCAGCCUGAGCACUCCUGGCUUCUCUGGAGCUGGACUCAUGUUCUAAAUGGAUGCACAUUUUUCACUUUCGAACUGCAAGUCAUGAGGGUUUUGGCUGAUGAGUCGUGGCUAUGCGAAGAUUUGUCCACGAUUGACCGGCAAUCAUCGGGCGAACAUGAGGGUACUCCCGGUAAUGAGGACGACGGUGCGACCACAGGGGGCAUCACUAUGCCGCUUCUCGGGCGAUGGCGCCCUCUAGCACCAACUUCAACUUAG